AGCAAGCCGGUUCUCUUAACAGAAUGUGUUAAACUUCUGGUGAGUGCAAAGUUUAUGGUAACUGCUGUACUAUUCUUUGACUCAUUCACUGUAAAUGCCAUUCAGCUCCUGCCUGUGGAACGGUUUCUUAGUGAACAGACAGAAGCAUUUCUUCAGUGUCCACAGACAAAGCUAUUUUGUGCACUUCUAACUUCACAAAAAUGUGGUUUAUGGAAGGAAUGUGCUAUCUGCCGACAGCCUUGGUUAUCUGGUCGUCUGCUGCGUUUAUUAUUUCUUAUGUUAUUGCAGUACUUACCAGAGACGUGGAGCCUUUUUUUCCAUAUAUCAGUGAUACAGGAACAACACCUCCCGAAAGUGGGGUAUUCGGAUUAAUGGUUUUCAUUUCAGCAGCUUUAGGAGCCGCAACGAUGUAUACAAAGUACAAAUUACUUGAAAAGCAAAAUGAGCCUGCACAAUUAAUAUCAUCAAAAUUCAACAUAUUUGCGCUGAUUGUGGGAUUAUUUGGCUGUCUAGGAAUGGCAAUUGUUGCUGCUUUCCAGGAAACAGCAGUCCCGAAGGUCCAUGACAUUGGUGCUCUUAUGGCGUUUUUUUGUGGUGUACUCCAUAUAUUUCUGCAAUCCAUUAUAUCCUAUAAGAUGCAUGUAAACCGAGCACUGAGUCACACACGAAUGGCUAUAUCUUUUAUUGCUGUUAUAGCAUUCAUUAUCAUGCUCGUAUGUGCUGGCUGUAGUAAACUGGAAAUAAGAGUCCACUGGGUUAUAACAGACAAGAAUUAUGUAAUCCAUGCUGUGAGUGCUGUAUGUGAAUGGCUAGUCGCUUUCAGUUUUGUCUUCUUUUUCUUCACAUACAUCAGAGAAUUUCAGACUUUCAGACUGACAGUUCUUACAGAAAUCUAUGAUGAGCUGAUCAAUCAAUAUAUUUAACCACUCAAUGCACUGUACACAAGGAGUCCUCAGGUCUACAUUUAUUUGAAGAACAAGAUGGUAUAUGGAAAAAGUAAAGCCAAGUUACUGCCUCAAUACUGUACUGUAAUGUUUUACAAUAUAACAAAGGAUAUGCCCGUUAAUUUGCCAGAGAAUUGUAUUUUAAAUGUUUACAUUGGUAUAGUGUUCACCAUAUCUUUUAUAUUUCCCUUGUUAAUGUACUGUAUAUUUUGGUUUAUGAAUUUGUGAUAUAUCAUUUGUCUAAACAAUCUAGUAUGGAUAAACACAUUCCAUAUAAUUCUCGGGCUGUAUAUGUCUUACAAUCAUCAGAUGAUGCACACACAGCAAGUUUUAAUACAUCAAAGGCAUCUUAUAUUUUGUUUACUUCACAAACAGGGAGUUUACAUGUACUACUUUGCAAGUGAUGACAGGCUAUUUGCCAUACACUAGAAUAGUGCAAUACUGCUUUGCUAUUCUGAUAUGUGCCUUCAAGGUGCUCUGCAUACUGAGAACAUUUAUACUUAGCACAGGAUUAGGACAGUGGCUAAAUUUAAAUCUUCUUUUUCAAAACGGUCCACUCCAGUUUCAUAAAUUAAGCAUAUCCCCUUUUCUUGGUCAAACUGUUUACGAGUUAACAUUAUUUAGCUGAGAUGUGUGAAAUUCUAGUCAGCUUAGAAGACAGAAUAGUUUCUUCAGAUUGAUUUACAGAUCAACUCAUUGUGAUCUAUGUGAAAUCAAAAUAGAAAAUAAAUAAGUAAAUAAAUGAAUGAAUAGAAUAUUACAAGACUAAUUUUAUAGGAAGCAAAAUGUAUACCAUAAAGUACAGUAGAGAGUCGAUUAUCCGAACAGCCAAUCAUCAGAGUCAACCUUCCAUAGCUUUUGGGUAAGAAAAAUCUGAAUAUGUAAACAUUAUAUGUAUUCACUUGAGCAUCAUCUAAAGUGUCUUCUGUGUGGAGACAUGCGUGAAUGGGUGUACCUUCAUUG